CACAUUCCUCUGUACUCUGACCACGCAAUGCUAAGGUGCCAGAUCAUGGAUGUCAGGAAAGGCUGAGGACGUGACAGCACCUGCCAAUGUCUGGUCCAUGUGAACGGCUUCCAGUUCCAAAGUUGAGCUGAACAAGCCACCUCAAGAUCUGGUGUCUUGGGGUUGGCUGCCCCAUGCACAUCGAUGGUACCAUGGCCAGUCCGCACGAUCCAUUGAGUUGGUCAUCUUCUCCAAAUCUUAUUGUUGAUACAAUACGAGACGAUAAGGAGUACAUCGUGGGGUAUGGUGAUCACACCACAUCUGAUCACCUUCAGUCUCAAGAGACUCAAGAGAAGUGUGAUAACUUAGAAAAUGCCAACAGCCCAGUCACAGCAGCUGUCCUGACCUCCAUCAGUGAAGACUCCAGAGAUCAGUUCGAGAACAGUGUCUUGCAGCUGAGGGACCAAGAUGAAGUCGAGAACAUUGCACCUCAAGGUAGCAGUCACUCAGGAGAUGGAGGAAGCAAUAGUGGUACUGAAGACAUCAAAAUACAUUUUAGUCGCUCUGGGAGUGGAAAUGGAGGAUUCUUGGAGGGACUUUUUGGCUGUCUGCGGCCUGUAUGGAAUAUGAUAGGCAAGGCUUAUUCUCCAGAUUAUAAACUGCAACAGCAAGACACUUGGGAGGUUCCAUUCGAGGAGAUUUCGGAGCUGCAGUGGCUGGGCAGUGGGGCACAAGGGGCUGUUUUUCUGGGAAAGUUUCGAGGAGAGGAAGUUGCAAUCAAGAAAGUGAGAGAACAAAAAGAGACUGAUAUUAAGCACCUGAGGAAGCUGAAGCACCCCAACAUCAUCGCCUUCAAAGGUGUUUGCACGCAGGCUCCAUGUUACUGCCUGAUCAUGGAGUACUGUGCUCAUGGACAGCUUUAUGAGGUACUCAGGGCUGGAAGAAAGGUCACUCCUAGGCUCCUGGUGGACUGGUCCACUGGAAUCUCUAGCGGCAUGAACUACCUCCACCUGCACAAGAUAAUCCAUCGGGAUCUCAAAUCACCCAAUGUCCUAGUCACUCACACAGACACAGUGAAGAUUUCCGACUUUGGAACAUCCAAAGAACUUAGUGACAAAAGCACCAAGAUGUCAUUUGCUGGCACCGUGGCAUGGAUGGCUCCCGAGGUCAUCCGCAAUGAGCCUGUCUCAGAAAAAGUGGACAUUUGGUCUUUUGGGGUUUUGCUGUGGGAGCUAUUGACCGGGGAGAUCCCAUACAAGGAUGUGGAUUCAUCAGCCAUUAUCUGGGGUGUAGGAAGCAACAGCCUCCAUCUUCCAGUUCCUUCUACUUGUCCAGAUGGCUUCAAAAUCCUCAUGAAGCAGACAUGGCAAAGCAAACCCAGAAACCGUCCAUCUUUCAGACAGAUCCUCAUGCACCUGGACAUAGCUUCAGCUGACGUCCUGGGGACACCUCAGGAGACAUAUUUUAAAUCACAGGCUGAAUGGAGAGAAGAAGUAAAGAAGCAUUUUGAGAAAAUCAAGAGUGAGGGGACCUGUAUCCAUCGAUUAGAUGAGGAGUUGAUCCGUAGACGCAGAGAGGAACUGCGGCAUGCACUAGAUAUCCGUGAGCACUAUGAACGUAAGCUGGAGAGAGCCAAUAACCUGUACAUGGAGCUGAGUGCAAUCAUGCUGCAGCUGGAAGUCCGUGAGAAGGAACUUAUCAGGCGUGAACAAACUGUAGAGAAAAAAUAUCCUGGGACAUAUAAGCGACACCCUGUUCGCCCUAUAGUCCAUCCUAAUGCUGUGGAGAAACUGAUCAAAAAGAAAGGUGGUUCCUCUAAGUCAUCAUCUCAAACUAGGCGGCCCGAUCUAUUGAAAUCAGAUGGUAUUACUAGUAUGGAGUCAAAUGUCCCUGGUUCUUCUCCCAUAUCUGGAAGUCCAAAGAUAUCCUCUGGAGGAAAGAAUCGUUACCGCAGCAAACCACGUCACCGACGAGCAAACAGCAAGGGGAGUCAUGCAGACUUCAUAAGUGCAAUAAAAAACCAGGACUCUCCUUUGCCAUCUCAAGCUACUCAUCAUUUGUCUCCUGCUUCUCCCCCAUUUACCCCUCCCAGCCCUCGACAUGAACCUGCUCAGCCUAUGAUGACCCGCCAUCAAACCCUCAAUGUGCAUGGCCAGAAUAUUGCUAACUGUGCCAACAAUUUGCGUUACUUUGGCCCUGCAGCUGCACUAAGAAGUCCUCUGAGCUGCCAUGCUCAGCGGUGUAUGUCUGGCUCCAGUCCUGACCUUCUGUCCAGCACGCUGGAAGCUGACAGUCGCAUGCAGUCAGAAACAGCCUGGGACUACUGUCAACAAGAUCUAUACAAACCUUGUCUUGGUUGUCCAGAGGCCUCCCCUCCUCCAGAUAUUGACCAUGAAACUUGGGAAGAUUCUAGAAGUGAUAAUACAGAGCGGAGGAACUCUGAGAGAAAAUCCCCAGAGUCUCCAAGACACCAUCAUACACUGGAGGCAUCUGAGCCACAGCACAGUGGAGUGGACCAGCUCCCUAUAAUUAGGGCAGCAGUAGGUGUCAGUGCCCUUGCUGUUCCUACACCUCCUGCCCUUCCACGAAGAAUACGGACCCUUAGAAAGACAGGAGACGAAUCAUCAGAAGAGGAAGAGGGAGAGGUUGACAGUGAAGUUGAAUUCCCAAGAAGACAUCGUCCUCCCCGGGGAAUGAGCAGCUACCAGUCUUAUUCCACCUUCAGCUCAGAAAACUUCUCAGUGUCUGAUGGAGAAGAGGGAAACACUAGUGAUCAUUCUAACAGCCCAGAUGACCUAGCAAGCAGCCGUAAGGACCCAUUAGGUGACAAGCUGGAAGACAUAUUAUCUCAAACACCAGAGAUUCCAAUUGAAAUUUCCACACAAUCAGAUGGGUUGUCUGACAAAGAGUGUGCAGUGAGAAGGGUCAAGACUCAGAUGUCUUUGGGCAAGCUCUGUGCAGAGGACCACAACUAUGAGAACCCAGGAAACUUUGCAGAAUCGGACUGUGACUCCUCAGAAGCAGAAGGUUCUGAUGCAACUGUACGAACCAACAACCCAGGCAACACUUCCACCUGGUGAAACCAGCCUGCCAACAACAGUAUUUCAUCGCCCCUACAUAUGUCAAUUGUGAACUUUUCUAGAGCGAUUUACCAGAAAGGCAUCAUCUCAUUCCCUUAAAUGUUUUUUGGAAUAACUUUUCAAAUUCAUCACUAAGUGAGGGGCAGCAAAUUAUUGCAAAGCAAUAUGUUGUUGGUUCUCCAGUCCAAUUAUAGGAAUAGAGUUAUCUGAAGUCUGCAAUAAUGAGGGCCCAAAGACUUGUGGGAGACCCCUCCUCGAAAUUAACAAGCUUCUCAAUGGAAGCAUGUCGCUAUAUAUGGCAGGGAUAAAUAUUUUAACAAACUAAGGUACUGUAAAAUUCCAUAUUUAUUUUUAUUUUGUGUGUGUUUGGACCCUUUUUAUUGUAUGAUAGGUCUAGGAGAAAAGUACAGUAUAUUAGCACUAAUGAAUGGAUCACUGGUAAGAGAACUCAUUUCAGAUGGACAUUUAUAUGCCUAGUGGAUCUGCUGCUGUUUUUUUUUUAGGGGACCAAAUAUUAGUUUUUCUUCCUUCAAUGAAUUAGUCUUGAAAAUACACCCUUCAUAUAGAAAGACUGAAGGGUUACAUGCUUAAGAACAAAGCCUAGAACACAGUAUCUUGAAGGAUAAUGCUGUGAUAAAGAUGAUUUGCUCAUGCUUGUUAGAAUUGCUGCAUGAUCCUCCACAUAGAAUGAGAUGGUGGAUACAAUUAUGAGGGCAAAAGCAGCAAAAGGCUGAAACAUUUUCUGAGAAAACAAAGCAACAAGGGUGGUUUCCGAACAAAACUGCUGGCUAAGAACAUUGUUUUCUAUAAAUUCCCUAACCUUUCAGUCGCUGUUGAUAACUUUCCACCCUUUCAAAUGAAACCUGGAUUAGCAGAAAUCCUGAAGCUGUAGUGGAUAAAUGUUUUGGGGCAAGUUUUUACAAACUCUGUUCGAAGACACCAGCACUUGGAAACAUCUCCCAUGAUGUCUAUAUUCAUAUUCUGUUCCUCCUCGAUACAGAUCAAAUUCAGGGAGUAGAGAGGUCACUCAUCUCCCUGCUCAGGAGCAUUCCCAGCCAUACCACCCAUUGUCCCAUAGUGGUGAUCUUUCUUCUCUCUCAGAUACAAAUCACCUACUGUAUGCUCCAUUCAAGAAUAUGUGUCAUUUUUAAUGCACCUUUCACGGCCACCUAAAAGCACAUGAUGGGAUAUCACGGACCGAUGAGAAAAAGGACAAUAUAUUAAUACCCUAAGGAGGGACAGCCCCGUUUCACCCCUCUGAUGCGGAUUCUUUGGCUUUGAGAAGAUGUAUUCCAGUGUGGUAUUCUUUGGUGCACUUCCAGCUCCACUGCAUGGUACUAAAGAAGAUAUCACAUAUGGUAGAGAAUAUUUCCAACCAAAUUUUUUGCAUUUUUGUUCAACCAGCAAAACUAACAGAGGCAACAAAACGUAUGCAACCCCAAAAAUAUCCAUUACUCGGCUUGAAAAUACACUUCUUUUUUAUUUCCAAAAAUAUCAUCCAACUACCCGGACUAAAAGACUGCACUUACAUUUCAUUACAGGGAAGGGAACAGAGUUUCUUAUUGGCUAAUGUUAAGAUGUUUAUAGCCUUUGAAAGAUCCAUGCAUUUGUGCUGUGAGAUUUGAUUUCAGAGGCCCGAAUGGGUUGAACAUGUCACACGUUUUACUCGUCAGAAAUGUCUACUGUGUGUGGUGACAUUACUCCAAAGUUAAUAAGCCAAUCAGAAUUCAUAGGGUAUGGAUCAUUGGACCAUUCUUCCAUCUACUGUGUUGUUGUCUCUUUAUUGUUUUAUUUUAUUUCACUUUUUAUGUUUGCGUUUUUGUGUGAAUUAAGCCAUAAUUUUAUUUCUAUGGCAAGUAAUUUAUUUCCCUGAAAACCUCAGGACCCAGAUUCACGUAACUGGGAUUACAAAGUGAAGCAAUCACCUAAACUUAGUGUACCCAGCCAUUAAUAUGAAUGCAGUCUGUCGGUGAACAAAGCACUCGUACAUCACUACUGAGAUCUACUGUAUACAUGGCGCGUGAGACAGUGUGCCGAUAUGACUACAAUUAGCCGUUCAAUGGCUCCUGCACUGUGUAUAGGUGCUUGGUUCUCUUUAGGCUUGGAGCACAACUCUACACUUGGUUCUAACAGUGUAAGUCCCAGUUCAUAUACCUGAAUCUAGAAGUUGUAUUAUAUUGAUUUUGUGUACACAUAUGUGCAAAUUUAACCCCUUUGCUGCUGGAUGACUAUAUAGAAUCAACAUAUAGGAAUAGCAAAAAAAAACGUCCAGCUCCUUUUCCUUAAAAACCAAUGCUUUAUUCUUUCACAUAUUCAAUUAAAAUCCAUGUGUUCAAACGGAGAAACUGUAGCACAAUGUAACGCGUUUCGAGCCACUUGCGUAUGGGCCCUUUAUCCAGACAGUUUCUCCGUUUGAACACAUGGAUUUUAAUUGAAUAUGUGAAAGAAUAAAGCAUUGGUUUUUAAGGAAAAGGAGCUGGACGUUUUUUUGCUAUUCCUGGAUUGCUCACCUGGCUGCGUCUAGACCAGUACAGUCCGUGACUCCUUUAAAAAACUGGAGGCGAGUGCUGCAGUAAAUGAAUUGUUUUUUUUUAAAUCAACACAUAGUACAACAACAACAAAAAAACACGAAACCUUGGGGGAGAUAUAUUAAUGUUUGUCCGCCUAGAAUCCUACAUUAAUUGCACUAGAAUUUGUGGCACACGCCUGUCCCGCCACUAAAUAUAUUAAGUGCAUGCACCAGAAUUUGUACCCAUUUGUGACAUGCUAGACACGACUGUCUGCCAACUUUUCGGCUAAACCUACUUUGCGCCUUGCUUUGCAGUCUUACACUAGAACAGCUGCAAGGUGGUCUAAAAAGUGGUGCAAAAUCCUGACGGUAUAAAGCCCUGUGACACAUUGGGUCGCAAAUAGGUAUUUUCGAGUGCAUUGUAUUGCAUCUUUAGACAGUCUUACACAAAAAUAAAUAAAAUACUUUUUGCACUUUUUACAGCAAAAUCACAUCUAUAGAUACAUUUAACAAUCCAAAUACACACUGGUCAUAAAUUUGACACUAAAUAAAAAUGGCGCAGGCACAAUAUUCUGGCACAAAAUAAAAAAAUCUUCAUUUUUAGAAUGUGGUAUAUAUUAGUUAAAAAAUGUGAUUGGCACUCAGGCUCACUUUGCCAACCCAGUAUAAGAUACUUGAAUCAUCAAUGAGCCACAGUGAGUACUGGUAAGUGGCACAUCUAAUUUCAUUAUGCCAACUAGCAAGGAAGUAUAACUAAAUAACCAACUGGAUGUCGGCCACUUAGGCUUCAUGAA